AUGUCGAAAACAGGACCGUCAAGCUCCAACUCCUUCCCCGGACCCGGGAUGGAGGUCGAUACCGGCGAUGCACCUGCUCCUGGAUACCGAUACCAAGUCGAGAUCUCCCAAAUGAUGUUCGUCUUCGCCGAUGUUGUUGAUCCAGCACCCGAAAUCACCAAACUUGUCGAAGACAUUGUUCGCAGCCAGGUCAUCGAGAUGAUGAUCCAAUCUCGCCGUCUCGCACAACGUCGUUCUUCCAAGUACCUUUCACCCGAAGAUCUCAUCUUUCUCAUCCGAUACGAUCGAGCGAAGGUCAACAGGCUGCGUACGUACCUGUCAUGGAAAGACGUUCGCAAGAAUGCCAAGGACUCUGGUGAUUCUGGUGGUGGAGCAGGUGGAGCGGGCGAGAUGGAUGCGUUAGACGAUCCUUCGGCCAUGGAUGGUGCGAAUACGAAGGCGACCAAGAUGAAGAUCCGGCUACCAUGGGAGAUCUCUUCCAUCUACUCGGAGCACGUGUUGGCGCUGCCUAAUGCAGAAGGAGAGGAAGAAGAGGACGAUGACGAUAUCGAAGCACACGAGGCGUCGAUGCAGAGACUGAAAGAUGCAGAUGAAGCGACAAGACGGAUGACGAGGGAAGAGUAUGUACAUUACUCGGAGUGCAGACAGGCAAGUUUCACUUUCAGAAAGUCGAAGAAGUUCAGAGAGUUCAUCAACACAAAUGCAUACUUGGACGUCAAGCCGAACGACGAUAUCAUUGACAUCCUCGGAUUUUUGGCUUUCGAGGUGGUUAGAGAGCUGUGCGUGGGUGCAGUAGCGAUCAAGAAGUCCUUGGAGGAACAGGAAGCUGCAAGGGUCCGUGCCGACGUGCAACAGCAACAACAACAACAGCAAGCACAAGCACUACCCGCAGCAUCUUCUUCGUCGUCAUCCGCGGCCUCAGCGAAACGCAAGCAAGACGACAAUAGUAGAGAUACAGAGGGUGAGGCGGCGGAGAAGCGAGCCAAGAUGGAAGCUUCAGACAUGUAUGGGCCAGCAGCAACAACAGCUGGUGAGGCCGAUGAAGCUAAGAAUGGUGAAGCAGCGGAUGCGCAGGAAGCAGAUGACGAGGCCAACACAACAGCCAACGCCAAAGGGACUGACGACGAGCUGUGUACCCUGUUCACACUGCCUCCUUCGGUUGAAACGCCGCUAUUAGCCUCGCACAUCCAAGAAGCGUUUGCUAGGCUUCAACGAAAGCAUCCACCAGCACUGACCACGGGUGUGCGAGGCUCAGCUGGUCCAGGCGGCCUGCGCAGAACCAGAGUAUUCGUGAUCUAG